GCUCACCGUCUGCUGCUUCCAGGGAAUAAAGUCUGAGCAGUUUUCCUGAGAGGCGACUUCUGAGGAAACCCACCGUCGGCGCAGAGAUGUUCCACCUUUCACUCCUGCUACCUCUGACAGGCCUUUUCCUCCUCAUCUCCUCAACGUCUGGCUCAGAUUCCGCUGCGUACCCGGUGACCUGCGGGACCCGGGGAGCCGACCUGCCGGAGGACGGCCUGGUGGCGUUGUGUCCCCCGGACUGCAGCCGGAGGACGGUGUCUGUGUUCGGGACGGAGACCUACGCCUCCGUCUCCUCCGUCUGCGGCGCUGCCGUCCACAGGGGGAUUCUGGGUCGGGCCGGCGGCCUCGUCAGGGUUCACAAGCUGCAGGGACGACGCGACUACGAGGGCUCCUACGCACACGGCGUCCGAUCGCUGGCCCUGUCCCGCUGGACCGCCUCCUUCAGCCUCACCAAGCCUGUCAACGUCCCACUGGAGUUGACCAGUGACACCAGUACCACCCCUCUGCCUGCAGCAGCACGACCAGUAGCAAAGAAGCCGCUGAAGAAGCCGUCAGUGAAGAAAGCUUUGACAGCUGGAAACAAAGACUGUCAGUUGGAUAUCGCCAUGGUGAUCGACAGCAGCAAAAACAUCGGGCAUCGUAGGUUCAACCUGCAGAAAAACUUUGUCUCCAAAUUAGCGGCCAUGUUGAGGGUCGGAUCAACAGGGCCACAUGUCGGACUGAUCCAGGCCAGUGAUUCUCCCCAGACUGAGUUCUUACUGACCAACUACACUCAACCAAAAGAGCUGCUGUUUGCCAUCAAGGAGCUGGCCUACCUGGGAGGAGACACCAACACAGGUAAAGCCAUCAUGCACGCGGUGGAGACCUUCUUCGGCCAGGACCGCGGGGGGAGGCGGGGUCACCCUCGGGUGCUGAUGGUGCUGAUUGACGGCUGGCCGUCCGACGACCUGGAGCGGGCGGCCAUGUUGGCCAGAGAGUCCGGCAUCAACGUCUUCCUGGUGUCUGUGGCCAAACCGGCGCCUGAGGAGCUCGCCAUGGUGCGAGACAAGGACUUUGUGAAGAAGAGCGUGUGCAGGGACAACGGCUUCUUCAGCUACCCGAUCUCCAGCUGGUUCAGCACCACCAAGCACGUGAAACCUCUGGCUCAAAAGCUGUGCUCGCUGGACCACCUGCUCUGCAGUAAAACGUGCUACAACUCGGUGAACAUCGGGUUCCUCAUCGACGGAUCUUCCAGCGUCGGCGAGGGAAACUUCCAGCUGGUCCUGGACUUCCUGGCAGCCGUCGCCACAAGCUUUGAGGUGUCGGACGUGGGAGCUCGCAUCGGUGCGGUGCAGUUCACCUACGAUCAGAGGCUGGAGUUUGGCCUGUUUGACCACGCCAACAAAGAGGAGACCAUCGACGCCCUGAGGAGGAUCCCCUACAUGAGCGGGGGGACGGCCACCGGAGCCGCCAUCAGCUACGCCACCCAGAGCCUGUUCAGGAGGGCGGGACCAGGGCGGAACUUCCUCAUCGUGGUGACGGACGGCCAAUCGUACGACGACGUCAGACUUCCUGCGGCGGCGGCACACAGACAAGGCGUUACCAUCUACUCGGUGGGCGUGGCCUGGGCGCCGCUGGAUGACCUCAACGCGAUGUCAUCAGAGCCAAAGGAAAGCCACACCUUCUUCAGCAGGGAGUUCACCGGCCUCGCCGAGCUGGUCCCUCUGCUGGUCAGAGGGGUGUGCAAGGACUUCACAGAGAACAACUAGCACACACACACACACGUGCACGCACGCACACACACAGUGUAUACCGUAUUAUGUAUAAAACCUAAAAAUACACCUAAUAGUACUGAUCCAUCCAAAAUACACACAACAAAGAAGGAUACAUGUAAACCAGAUGUAUAUAUACAUGUAUAUAAAAUGUACAUAUAUAUGUAGAAUUAUACUUGGUUCAUAUUCAUGAAUAAAUAAAAAAGGAGAUUAUCAUCAACAUCAGUAGGAACCAAAAGUUUUCAAUAAACAUUUCAGCGUUUGAUUCUGUGAUCAAUUGUAUUUUACAAAAUAAAAGUAGAACAAAGAAACUACUAAUAUUUUAAAUUUUUAUCUACUGUAUCUGUAUUUUUAUUUCACGUUGCAGACUUCAGCACUAGUGUUUUACUGCAGGUUGAAAGGGUUAAAGUUAAUGUAUUUAAAAUAGAUUCUACAAUAAAAGCCUUUUGGAUCCAAUAAUAAACUGAAACAAUGUCUCUAUUAGAAGAGAACACCAUUCUUAUCUGAUUGUAUUCAUGCAGCAGAUUUCUCCAUAGACCUUUUUCCUUCUAUUAAUCUGGAAUUAAGACAAAUACAUCAUAUUUUGGAAUUGUGAGAUUUUCAUCUUAGGAUAAGGGUCUAAGGCAAGAUUGAAGAAAACAUAUGUAUUUUUUGUCUUGCUUAUCUUUCAUUGUAAAAUAAAAACACUAGAAUGAACAAUCGGACGUAAAUGAGCUGUUUGGAUUUGAUAAAAAUGACUUUUUGUUUGUGCCUUUUAUCCAAACGCGUUCAUGCUCAUGAACACAUAAUGAUUACAUUGAUUUGAGUCCAUGUUGGAAAAGGAAUGAGACCAUUUGCUUUUAAAAAGUUAGUUACAUUUCCACAGAAAUAGAAGUAAACAGAACAUCUGAAGGUUGAUGUUGUUAAAAUGACCCGAAUGGAAAAGUUAUUCAAAUGCGGCUUCUGUCUUUUUCUCUGUAUUUAUUACCCGUUUCCUUUGUUUUUACAGCUGGUCGACUGAUUUGUGUUAAACUAUUAAAACAACAUUUCACUUUAUUACAUUCCAUCACAUGUCAUUUAGCUGAUGCUUUUAUCCAAAGUGACUCACAAUAAGUUAAUAAGUGCAAAGAGAUACAA